AAUGGGGGAAAUUACCCUUCCGAGGGCGCGGGCCGCGGAAAUAAAUGCGAGUGCGAAGCGAUCGGUACAAUGAAGGGAAACCCCUAACAUGGGGGAAAGUGGAAGCUCGUAUUGACCGGCGGAAGCUGCAGUAUCCGCCUCUGUUGACAUUUGUUUCCUCUCUGCUCCGUCGGCAUCUCGUGGACCGUCACAUAAAUUCGUCCUCCAAUUUAUUGGAGACUUCUCGCUGUUGUAUUCUGCCCAAGUCCCGCCGCCGCCAUGUCUGACGAGCCGCACGUGGAGGAGCACGAGGAGCACCACGACGAUGAGGUGGACGCCGGCUACGCGCCGCCGCCAGAGAAGAGCCUGGACGAGUUGAUGGCGCUGGACACGGAGGACGAGAGCCUGCGCAAGUACAAGGCCACGCUGCUGGGACAGGCCACUGCUGGAGAGGUGGUCAUCGUCGACGAGUCUAACCCCAGUCGUGUGAUCGUGCGGCGCCUCGCCCUGGUGGUCGAGGGCAGGGACGACGUGGUGCUAGACCUGUCUGGGGACUUGGAGACGCUGAAAUCUCAGACCAUCACGAUCAAGGAGGGUAUCCAGUACCGGCUGCGGAUCGAGUUCCACGUGCAGCGGGACAUCGUCACCGGACUGCGGUACACCCAGAAAACCUACCGCAAAGGCAUCCAGGUGGACAAGAUGAACCAGAUGUUGGGCAGCUACGGCCCCAGGAAGGAGGUGCACACCCACCUGACACCCAUGGAGGACGCGCCCUCAGGCAUGCUGGCGCGCGGCACGUACCACGUCAAGUCCGUGUUCUGCGAUGACGACAAGAAUGAGUACCUCAAGUGGGAGUGGAGCUUCGAGAUCAAGAAGGACUGGUGAGCCUCCCCGCCGCCCCGCCCCCGACCCCGCCCCCGCGCGGCCGGAGGGAGGGUGACAGGGCGCGGGCCGUCGCUUUCGCCCGGCGUUUUGAUGGGGCUGUAACGCCGCUAAUGUUCAGCGCACACAACGAUGAGGCCGAAACCGGUUACCGGAUAGGUUGCCAGAUGGAUCACGAGGUCGGUUGCCAGAUCCGUGCCUGACUGGCUUAGUGGUCGGUUCAGACGUUGGAUUGGCUCCUAGAGGGCUGCCAGAUUUGACGCCCACAGGGCUGCCAGAUUCGGCUCCCGCAGGGCUGCCAUACCGGUUGUCCGACCGGCUACCACGCGGUGCGGUGGCUUCGCUCAUGUGUUAUAUUUUAGGCGUACCGGUGUCAGCAGAGCUGGGGCGCGAUCGGAGAGUUUGCGUGCGUUUGGCGCUGUGUGUGUGUGUUCAUUACUCGAAGAGGCGUUUUUGUGCUGAUGUGUGCCUGAGAUUUGUGAUAAUCUUUGCUUACAGAAAUUCGUUCCAUUUUUGCUUACUGUCGUGGUCUUUUCCGAUUCGAUCCACAACAACCAAGAUAAUUUCAUAUCAGUCUAUGUUAGCCGCCGCACGCGCGCGGCGCACCAGUCAGAACGCGGAACGCUCGAUUCUCUGUUUGCUGUUGAUAAUCUGUUCUCGGUGUUCCUUUGCUCUCUAUGUAAUCAGUCGGCUGUAUCAUAUACGUUCAGUGAUAAUCGUACGCUGUAAGCGGAAUCGCGCGGGAUUCAACAGCGUCGUGAGCGAAUAAUUCUCAGUGUAAGUGUAUUUUGGAGAGCUGCACGUUCCCAUUCGUCGGCGAGAUAUUCCUGAGCGGAGGAGCUUUGUCGGUUGCUUAGCUACGGCGCUCGUGGAUUUCGACGCUGGCUUCUUCCGGUUUGUACCAGUCAAAGACGUCGUGUUUCACGUCUAGACUUUGGACGAUCGUAUUUCACUCGGCGACUGCUUUUCCUCCCGGACAAGUCGAUCUUCCACGCCGCUGCUGCUUUUUUCCUACCGAGCUGGAACUGCCGAACGGUCUGCCAUUCUGGAUCCGCUAUCGAGACCCGAACCGCCUUCCCUGUCGGCCUCCCCUCCCCUCUCCGUGUGCCCAGACAUGGGACCGACUAUCGGGGGUGGUUCCUGUCAGGAGAGGGAGAGGAGAGGGGCCUCUCUGGGUCGUUCGGUCGCGUCCGGUCUCGGUCCGCCUAUCAAUUGCUUCUCCGCGCUGUCCGGAUGAUUUGUAACUUUGAAUAAACUCGGAAUUUCGGA